AUGAGACUGAAUAAAAUCUCUUUUCCAAAGUCGUUCUUUGGAUUUCUACCACUUUACCUUGGUGUUGAGAUUGUGCUUGGUAUCACAAUAUUGAAUAAAUGCAGUGGUGCGUAUGGUAUUCUUGCUCUAUUUACGGGGCAUCCGCUGGAUUACAUGCAGUGGAUCUCGUACCUGUGGUCGGUGUUUACCUUAAUAGUGUUUUCGCAGGGCUUGUUCAUGAUCCACAAGCCAAAACUUAUAGUAUUUUCCCAGAUUUUGGUUUACUUCACCGCAGACACUGUGCUGACCUGUUUCUUUACACUAUGGUUCUCUGCCCAGUGGUUCCAAAGCGCUAACGAGGAGAAACACGAAACGUCUGCUCCUGUUGGUGUCAGCCAGAAUUACAGGAGAAGCACCGACCUUGCGAGCCAAGGUGCCUCGGAAAGGUAUGAGUACACUGUCACAAUGCUGUUCACACUGGUGACGUUGAUGUUCCGUAUGUACUUCAACUUCAUCCUGGCAUCCUUUGUCCAGGAACUACUGCGCCAUCCAAAAUACAUGGUUGACCAGGACGAUGUCGAACAGGACCUCAAGAACAAGUCUGCAAUUAAGAGAUGGUGGAUAAAAUCCCAGAAAUUUUGCUACAAACUGUGCAGACAUACUCUCCAGUAA